AUGUCUCAGUCCUUCAGCGGGACGCAGCUGGGAGCUGCAGCCGCCAGCAGUGCACCACAACCCGGCUCCACUGCAACGAACGGCUCGGUAUCUCUCCGGGGCCUCUCAGCUCUGAAGCGGCCGCAAGAUAACGCCGAUAUCCCGCAGGGGUUUCAGGUGUUCAGGGGCUCCAACUGGACCAUCAGCUGCUCCCUCCAGCCACAGUACCCAGGAGGCUCCUUCCUGCUCACCUUCACCUCCUCCAACUCAAGACACUACUACACCCAGCCAACUGUCAAUCACUCUGCCGACUUCCUGUUCCCUGCUGCAGAGCCCGCCCACCAUGGAAACUACAGCUGUGUUUAUCACGUCUCUGUUUUUUCUCAUAACUUCUUCUCUGAGAGCCGUCUGCUGUCUCUCACUGUCUCAGAUGUUGGCUCAGAUCCGACACCUCUUAUCAUCAGAGCGGUCGUCCUGCCGCUGACUCUGCUGUUGGUGAACGUGGCCCUUUACUUCUACUGUCAGGCCAGCAGGGGGCAGAAGCCGGGCAGACGAGAGAACAUGGAGCUGGAAGAUUAUAACCUGGAUGUUCCUGCAGCUGAAGAGGAAGGAGCUCAGGGAGCAGAGUAGCACCUCAUCUCACAUCCAGAAGCAUUUCUGACACACAGUCCAGCAUCAGCUCACUUUUAUACACACGUUUUACACUCCUCCAAAUGCUGUCGGAAGUACGGCAACCAAGAAAAGCUUUAAGUGCGGUUCAUAAUUCUUCUUUGAGUGAAAAUAUAGCAUCCAGUUGCUUCAUGGCGGACGUGAUAGUGGCUUCAACAGAACGUUCCACAUCAGCUCCUCUCUACUCUUCGUCCCAAACACGCCUCAUUUUAGAUAAAGUGAAGAUCGACCGUCUCAGGCUGCUGGAAAUGUGUCCAAAGCAUCUUCCAGAGAAAUGAAACAGGAGCUGGCAGAUCGGUGCGGCUCCCAGGGAAGGUUGGUGACGCUCAUCUGGUGCCAUGUUGACAAUCUGUUGGUCAUUUCAAACAUUUACAAGGAAUGAAUCAAAGUCAUGUAGCCAGCAAACAAAGGACAGUAUUAAACACAGAGGCUGUUUUCACACCAACUUCAUCUUGUUAGUGAGAUAUGAACUUGAGGACUUCACUGUAGCGCUCCCUUCUGGUCACAUGGCUCGUUUCUCUUCUCACUAACAUUUUGGCAGCAGGAUCGUAUUAAGAUAAAAACUGAUCUGAUACAAAGGACCAAAAAUACCAGAGUUCCAACACUUAUUUUGUUAUUAAGGAUUUAGCUUAUUCUUAUAAUACUUUCACUUAUUUUUGUACUUGAGGAAUCCACUUAAUGUUGUGAUAAAGCUUUUGCUUGUUUUUUAUAAUCAGAGAACUUACUCAAUUUUGUGAUCAAGAAUUUUACUUAAUUUUGUAUAUUUAAUUUGGUUAUUUGUUAUAAUUGAGUAUUUUGCUUAUUUCAUAAUAAAAAAAAAUUAUUUUGUACUUAAUGAAUUUCCUUAAUGUUGUAAUAAAGCAUUUGCUCAUUUUUUUAUAAAUAAGGAAUUUACUUAAUUUUGUGAUGAAUGAUUCAGUUUAGUUUUUAUAAUUAAGUGUUUUGCUUAUUUCAUGAGACUUUUGCUUAAUUUGUGAUCAAUAUUUGCUUAUUUUUAAAAGAAUCUUACUUAUUUUUGUUCAAUAUUUUGCUUAUUUCAUUAAAAAAUGCUUUGAAGGAAGGAAUUACAUAACUAAGUAAAUAAUACAUAAAUAUGAGCAUCAGGAGCAUUCAGAGAGAUUAUAAAUAAUUAUAAUUUGAGGUUUAUUCUGCUCAGAAGAACAUUUGUACGGCACAGAGAACUUUACACUCACCUGCAGAUCUGUGUUCAAACAUGUGCCAAAGAUUCAGCCUUCAUGUCCCAAUUGUUGCUUCAGCAUCAGGACUCAUGUUGGCUGGAGAUGAAAUGAUGAAGAUCUCUGUAAUAAAUGUAUCACCAUCAUCUACUAUGUUCAAAGGAAAUAAAGUAUGAAAC